AGACACGCAGUUCGCUUUUCUUUUUUGCGUAAAGAAGGCGUAAUUCUGAAGGUGGUAAACGGCUAUUCUACUAGUACUCCGCCGCUCCUAACCGGAGUAGCCGGCGAGAUCGACUCGAACGCAUGGCGGCGGGAAAGCCACUGUCGCUGCGGCGGCUGCUUCCUCUCCUCGCUCUCGUGCUCGUGCUCGUGCUGCUGCCCACGACCUGCGUGUCGAGCGGCGGAGGGGAACCGGCGGGGUUCCAGAUCCCCCAGGACGGGAGCGUGGUGGAGCUGGAUGACAGCAACUUCGAGGCGGCGGCGGCCGCCGUCGACUUCCUCUUCGUGGACUUCCACGCCCCCUGGUGCGGUCACUGCAAGCGCCUCUCCCCACAGUUGGAUGAAGCUGCUCCAGUGCUUGCUGGGCUGAGCACGCCCGUUGUAGUUGCAAAAGUAGAUGCUGAGAAGUAUAAGAAACUUGGGUCCAAAUAUGGAGUAGAUGGCUUCCCUACUCUGAUGCUUUUUGACCAUGGAGUCCCCACGGAGUAUACUGGUUCCAGGAAGGCCGAUCUACUCAUCCAGAGCCUUAAGAAGCUCGUUGCACCUGAUUUUUCUGUUCUCGGGUCCGAUUCAGCAAUCAAAAGCUUUGUUCAGGAUGCUGGUGUGGGUUUUCCAUUAUUUAUUGGAUUUGGGGUGGAUGAAUCAUCUAUUGUUGAGUAUGGAACGAGGUACAAAAGGAAGGCAUGGUUUGCUGCAGCCAAGGAUUUCUCCGAGGAUAUGAUGGUUGUGUAUGAUUUUGACAAGAUUCCAGCAUUGGUUUCUCUCAACCCGAAGUAUAACGAGCAAAGUGUUUUCUAUGGCCCAUUCGAAGGGACCUUUUUGGAAGAUUUUAUACGGCAAUCCCUACUGCCUUUAACUGUGCCCAUCAAUGCUGAGACUGUUAAGAUGUUGAAAGACGAUGAGAGGAAAGUUGUUCUUACAGUUUUGGAGGAUGAGUCUGAUGAAAAUUCCAUGCAGUUGAUAAAGGUAUUGAGGUCUGCAGCCAACGCAAACCAUGAUCUCGUGUUUGGAUACGUGGGAGUCAAGCAGUGGGAGGAAUUCACCGAGCCUUUUCAUGAUUCAGAGAGCUCGCGGUUGCCAAGGAUGGUAGUCUGGGACAGAAAUGAGGAGUAUGAAGUGGUUCAGGGUUCAGAGAACCUGGAAGAUGGUGACCAUGGAUCCCAAAUUAGCCGUUUUCUUGAAGGAUAUAGAGCAGGCAGAACAACAAAGAAGAAAUUGGGCGGCCGUUCCCCAACAAUUCUCGGGGUUAAUGCCAUGUACAUCCUCCUGUUCCUGGUUGCUGUUCUUGUUGUGCUGAUGUAUUUUUCCGGGCAAGGCGAGGAAGAUCGUUGGCCAGCACGAGCCCAUCAAGAAUGACAGUCUGGUGGUUAUCAUCUGCAAGACUAAACUCGAGGAAUUCCUGCAGCAGGAGAAGAGAAGGCUGCUGUAGAGAGGGGAACCUGGGGAUGAGGAUUGUUUCCUGAUCUUCAUUUGACAUGCCGCCUGCCUUGGGGAGGCUCAGCUUUGACCUCUCCCCUUGUCUGUCCUGCCAGUUACUAUCCCCUGUUUAUAUAUGUCAUUCAUGUAAAGUUAUUUGAUUUGCACUCCAGAACUGACCAGGUUAGGGGAAAACAAUUAAGCACAAACGGCAGAACAAGAAGGCAGCGUCACUGGACUAGCCUGGCCUAAUUUAGAAGUAUUUUUGCAUCCAUCAUUAGUCACAUCACAUGUAAACCAACAGCAGUACGCUAUAUAUCUUAUAAUUACAAAUUUGUUGUUUACCCUU